CGGCAGAAAAAACAGUGUCACUCAGCAAACUUCUGCUAGAUGAGAAGAGGAUAAAGUUGGUGCUGUUUCCUUGCCUGGCAGGAGAAGGCAGUGGCCACAAUGAGGGUGCAGUUUAUCACCUCCCUUGUAGGCUUUUGCUGGCUCAUCUGCCUCAAGGAGACUCAUUUCUCCAAUGCGGAUAAAAAUGAAUGCCAGCUGCAAGCCCUGCCCUGUGGCCCGAACGCCAUGUGCUUUGAUACGGCCGUACAUUUUUCCUGUAUCUGUCUACCUGGCUACAACUCUUCUAGAGGAAACGCCUUUCUGCCCAGCAGCGUCGCCCCUCUGAACUGCUCAGAUAUUGAUGAAUGUUCCCAAGACCCAUCGCCCUGUGGUCCCUACUCCAUCUGCAACAACACACCGGGCAGUUACACCUGCAGGUGCCGAGCAGGCUACUUCCCGCCCAGCCCGUCUGAUGUCCGUUUCAGCUGCACAGAUAUUGAUGAAUGUUCCCAAGACCCAUCACCCUGCGGCCUCAACUCCAUCUGCAACAACACACUGGGCAGUUACACCUGCACGUGCCGGGCAGGCUACCUCUCGCCCAGCCAGCCUGACACCCCCUUCAACUGCACAGAUAUUGAUGAAUGUUCCCACAACCCAUCGCCCUGCGGCCCCAACUCCAUCUGCAGCAACACGCUGGGCAAUUACACCUGCACGUGCCAGGCAGGCUACCUCUCACCCAGCCAGCCUGGUGCCCCCUUCAACUGCACAGAUAUUGAGGAAUGUUCCCAAGACCCGUCGCUUUGUGGCCCCAACUCCAUCUGCAUCAAUACACUGGGUAGUUACACCUGCAUUUGCCAGCCAGGCUACCUCCCGCCCAGCCAGCCUGGUGCCCCCUUCAACUGCACAGAUAUUGAUGAAUGUUCCCGCGACCCAUCACCCUGCGGCCUCAACUCCAUCUGCAGCAACACGCUGGGCAGUUACACCUGCAGGUGCCGGGCAGGCUACCUCUCGCCCAGCCAGCCUGGUGCCCCCUUCAACUGCACAGAUAUUGACAAAUGUUCCCACUAUCCAUCAUUCUGCGGCCCCACCUCCAUCUGCAACAGCACGCUGGGCAGUUACACCUGGACCUGCCGGGCAGGCUACGUCCCUCCCAGCCAGCCUGGUACCCCCUUCAGCUGCACAGGUGUUUGCUGGCUCGUCUGCUUCGCGGGGACUCAACAUUUCUCCAGCACUGAUAUUGGGAAUUGCCCCCAGGACUCAUCGCCCUGUGGCAAGAACUCCACCUGCAACAACAUGCUGGGCGAUUACACCUGCAUGUGCCGGCCAGGCUACUUCCUCUGCAGCAAGCCUGACGUCCCACUGCAAUGUGUAGAUAUAGAUGAAUGUUCUCAAAACCCAUCGAUCUGUGGCCUUCGCAGCUUCUGCGUCAACACCCCAGGGAGUCACAGCUGCCGGUGCAAAGCAGGCCAUUCUUCCCCCGGGGGGAACUCCUGGAAACCUGGCGACAACCACACCUUGAACUGCACAGAAAAUGUCAGUGACCAAUUCAAGAGUCUGACAGGAGUCAAUUUAGAAAGCCGGUGCAACACCAGCCAGAACGGAAACCAGAAAAGCAACCCAUUUUGCACCUUAAUAGAAGGUAUCUUAAAGACACAGUCUUCUGCAUUUGGAAAUGGAAGCAACCCAGUAUCACUUCAGGAAGCCACUGCCUCUUUCAAUUCAUUUGUUGGUAGCAUUACCGAGUUGCCACCCAAGGAGAAGGCCUUGGCUGCCAAAGUCAUUCUGAAGAGCGUGGAAUCGGUCGCCUUUGAAGCUGCUCUGGCAAGUCCCACGAACCAGUCAGAGCCCAUCAAAACUGAGAACAUGACCAUCGCAGCCAAGGCCAUUAAGGAUAACUGCAGCAGUCAAGGGGAGAGUAUCUCACUGAAUGCAAAAAACGAAUCGAUGGCCAUUGACUGCACCACGGUCGUCGGCUCCGAUAGCUCAGGCACUGGAGCCGUCGUCUUCAUAGUGUACGACAAGCUGGAGUCCCUCCUAAAGGACAGUGUCAGCAAUCAAAGCCUGACAGGUCCUGAGGGACUGGGAGACGUUACCCUGAAUUCCAAACCGAUAGGUGCUGAGAGACUGGGAGAGGUUACCCUGAAUUCCAAAGUAGUGAGUGGGACCGUUGGGGAACGCAGAAACCUCUCCAGACCUUUCCACUUCACCUUGGAGCAUAAACAGCAGGAAGACGGCUCCUUGAGCAUCAUCACCCACGUGGGCCUGUCCAUCUCCCUGCUGUGCCUCUUCCUCGCCAUCCUCACCUUCCUCCUGUGCCGCUCCAUCCGCAACGUCAGCACCUCCCUCCACCUGCAGCUCUGCCUCUGCCUCUUCCUGGCCGACCUGCUCUUCCUCACCGGGAUGGACACAGUCAAGGAUAAGGGCUGUGCGGUCAUUGCUGGCUUGCUACACUACCUCUUCCUGGCCUGCUUCACCUGGAUGUUCCUGGAGGGGCUGCACCUCUUCCUCACUGUCAGGAACCUGAAGGUGGUGAAUUACACCAGUGCCAGCCGGUUCAAGAAGAGAUACAUGUACCCGUUCGGCUACGGAUUCCCAGCUCUGAUCGUGGCUAUUUCUGCUGCAGCAAAUUCUGAAGGUUACAAAAAUUCCCAGCGUUGCUGGCUUAAAACAGAUAAUGGCUUUCUGUGGAGUUUUCUUGGACCGGUCUGCCUUAUUAUUUUGAUGAAUUGUACAUUUUUUAUCACAACCCUCUGGAUCCUGAGAGACAAAAUCUGCUCCCUCAAUUCGGACGUGUCUACCGUCAAAAACACAAG